UCUAUUUCAAUUCAUUGAUGGUAACUAGACUACGGUAUCAACAAUGUUGGCAGGAUCGAGGUGGUGAAUAAAUAUAAUUUCAGAUAAAUGACUUCAAUAUUCUACCAAACCACGGAAAUUAAGAGCUAUCAUCAUGGAGGACAGGGGCACUUUUCGGAGUGGCCCCACCCGGGCAGAAAUGCUGAAGAUCAAACGAGAGAUCGAGGAUAUCAAGAAGAAGUCUCAGCAUGGUAUGACGGACCUACGCAGUGACGUUGAGACCAAGGACAGAAAGCGAAAAGAAAAGGAAACAUUCAUUGGAGCGAAAGUUCAAAAUGUUGAGCUUGGUGAUGAUUUUGGAAAGAAAGGAAUGCCUUACACCAGAAAGUCUGAACCUCAUUUUGAGGAAGAAUUCCUAUCUAAGCCUAUGCAACCACAAAAACAAGAUCCAGGCACCGUACCAAAUUACAAUCCCCUGAACAAGAGCACGGUCCCACCAACAAAGAGUCAGACCAAACGUUACCCAUACAGCAAAGAAGAGACGGUCACUGUGGGAGAGAUGAGGAAACCUCACAUCCAGACUGUAGGAGUGUUACCUGUAAGGAAUACAGGAGAUGUGGCUACAAUGAAUAUCAUGAUGCAAGGCAAACCAGUACUCUCUGUACAGGACACGGAAAUUGCUGCUAUACAGGAGGAGAACGCAGUGUCACUAUCUGCGUCCCGUGCCCAGUCCAGCUUGAGUGCACAUGGGAAGGUACCUGACACCGACUCCCAGUUCCUUGCCCGUGACCUGCCCCUCAAACCAAAGACUCCGCCCAAGAAACCAGCCAUCCUGAGCUCUACAGGGGCCAUUGCACCCGUGCCGUACAAGGAGAGAGUCAAACCUACCCCAAAGCCUCGAGUUGAAAACCCACCCAGUCCUGCGCCACCAAAGAAACGCAGAGCUAAGGACAAAGAUGCCUUAUCCAUUUCCAAAUCAGCCAAGUCCAGCCGGUCUUUCAAGAGCGAGAAGAGCGGUCGGACCCCGUACCAAGCAGCCAGCGGUAAGGCCAGCAUGGUGUCCUUCCACUCGGUCCGUUCCUCCCACCAGAGGGACUCCGAUGACGAGAGCCAGUACAGCAGCGAUGACAGCUCUGUGGAGGGUACUUCGCGACACACCGGACUGUCACGUCAGACUGGAACGUCCCGUCAGACGGGGACGACCAGGGCGACGUCUGCAGAGUCCCAGGGGUCGCAGAAGUCUUCCAGUGAGCUCCUGCAGGAGGCACAGGAGAUUGCCAGUAUGGACAAUGUGUCUGGGCAAAAGAGAAGACGGCAGAGCAAAUCUACCAAGAGCCAAGGCAGCAUAGCUCCCACUAUUCAGGUAGAGAAAGAGGAGGAACCACCUAAAGAGAGAUCAGUGGAUGACAUCAUAUCAUCACUCAAGGCUCAGAGAGAACAGGGAUCGGUCAAGUCCGAAGCGGACAUCAAGAUCCAGGAGAUCAUGAACAGGGUGAUGUCCAGAACGGCCGAGGUCCUGGGCUCCAAGAAUGAUGGAGUGACAGAAGAUAGGAAACCAGACUUGGUGGAAGAAGAUCAAGAAGAAGAAGAAGUUACAGGACCAGAUCAGGCACAAGGUGUGCCUGAACUGAAUGUUGAAGAAUCGAGCGAGGUGGCUCAGGAUUCGCUGGAUACAGACAGAACCCAGGACUCAGAUAUGCUGCAGGGCAUUCCAGGAACCAGCAGGACAAGCGUCGACAACACAGAUGACAAGGGGAGCGAAAAUAAGGUCCAGAUGGAGGUUGGGAAGUCCGAUGAAGGCGUGGCUUUGGAAGAGAAACCCUCGGUGCGGUUCCAGGAGGUGGUGCUUGAUGACUCGAUGCAGGAGGAGCAGGAAAUUGACCUGGAGAAAGCUUGGCAGGAGCUGAUCGCACCUCUAGACAUCACCCAUGCUGAUGUUGUCAAUGUUGAGGGAGAGAAGAUGGAGAUACAGGAGAGGGGAGUUUUUGAUGCAUCCAAGAGGGGUGGUACUCCUUCACAGCCUGUCGUUGGAUCAUCAGUGUCCUUCCUGUCUAUGUGGGCACCUCAGGAAGAGAGGCAGAAAGACGAAAGUGCCGAGCCCACAAAUCGUAAGCUGCGAGAGAGCAUCCAUCAUUUCUGCAACGUUCCUUCAGACAUAACACUGACUCGUAACCUUCAACUACUCAGUCGCUCCCACCAUACGCCUAGCAAGUACAAAGCUACUCAACCCCUGAUGGCCAUGGACAUGGACAGCGGAACCAACACCCCUUCCCUGGAGGAGAGACAAAAGCUGAUGUCAGCUGCAGCAAGGCGCAUCCUCCGAGAGGCAGAAACCAUGGUAACAGUGGAGAUGGGCGUGUCACAAUCGGGAGGAAGUGACAAAGAUGCAGAAAGCCGGAUGGAAAAUGGAAACAGCUUGGAGACAUGGGAGAAAAGAGCUAUGCAACUGUUUGAUGAAGAAGCCCUGACCAUCGUGGGCCAGCCGGCGCCCAUCAGGCAGGACAUCUCCCGCCUCUACUGGACUCCAGCCCCGCCCAAGAUGAACUUUGAACCCACCCACAUCAAGAACGUUCUCUACCCUCAAUUUGAAGGUCUGGGACUAAGCCAGGACAUCGAGAGGCUGACCUCGCUCCCUGACACAGAAGGAGAUGAAGGUGACCUGGAGGCCAUGUCUGCUUGGGAUGAGGCAGAUUAUGAAGAGAGGUUGCUGCAAGAAAGGAUUCUUGGACGCAACUAUAGAUCAAGUGAGGACCUCACUGUGCUCGGCAGGGCCAAGUACACAAGAAAAAUGAAUGGGGCACCACCACCCUUCAUGCGCCCAUCCUCAGGAGGUUCAUUGCCUGCCAUGGCGACACCAGACAGCGAUGGACUACCCCAGAUGAUGAGGCAGGAACCGUUGGUCGGUGGACCCCGCGUACCCUCUGUCGCCAGUGAAAGCAAGUUCUCUGUCCAGAGCAGAGCAAGUUCUAAGCUGACCGACAUUAUUCCACCACCGCAGCACAAACUCAGGAGGACCAACUCCGCCCCUGACCUAGAGGGGGAUGACUUCCCCUUCCUGGUGCCAUCAGACUUCCACUCCGUGAUGGAGGAUGUCACGAAGCAGAGACAGUAUCUAGCUGACUUGAGAGAUAGAAAGGAGUUUGAAGAUGACGACGAGAUGAUGGAGGAAGAGUUCAACAGAGAUGAGCUUGAUUUAGCAGCUGGACCUGAUCUAAUAUCAACAAGCCCAAAGGAAGAAGGAAAGAAACGAAGUGAAGGACCAUCUCUUGCACAACAGGCCAAAGAAGCAGGGAUGAAGUAUGUCAUCUAUCCAACGCGCAAAGGGAAAAAGAAGAAGAAGAAGCACUGGGAUCCUUUCCGCUUAAAGCAGAUUGACACUUUCUUGAGGCAAGAACCCAAUAUCAUAUCGAGGUCAUUGAGUUUACCAAAGAUUACAGUGCCGGUUGAUCCAGUGGUCAGGGUUUCAAAGAGAGUUCGUCAUCCGAGGAGAAAAAGUGUACCAGAUGUCAUGGAUUUUGAAGACUUCCUUAGGUCAAAGUUUGUCAGGAAAGCCAUCAAGGUACGUGAGUGGGUGAGAGACCUUUGGGACGAAUGGUUUGAUGAGGUCUACCCACCCAGUGAAGAAGACAGUGAAACCGGCAGUCUGAUAGAGGGCGCUGCUCAACAAUCAGUGACCAGUGCAGCUACACUCGCCAAGGGUGGGAUGUCUGCUCUAAGUACAGCCAUGUCUGUUCAUCUUGAAGACCUGAGCAUCACUGCAGAGACAGAGGAGGAAGGACAGCUCAUGGAGGAGCUGUACACAGAGGCACUAUAUAUGACAGAAAAGUUAGACAAUGAUCCUAAGCCUUCACCAUUCGACCUAACUCGUCGGGGAGUCAUUUAUCGCAAGCUUGGUAAACUGAAGCAAGCAUGGGACGACCUGAACCGGGCCAUCGCCUUGGAACCCCUUCUUCUGGAUGCCUACUGGAAUCGUCAUCUCCUGUACCUGCUCAAGGAGAAACCAACCAAGGCCCUGGAAGACCUCAACUCUAUCCUCAAGAUUAACAAGGAACAUGUAGGAGCGUACAGAUCUAGAGCUCAGAUUUUCACAAGUAUGGGUGACCUGACCAUGGCUAUCAUGAACUUCACACAGACGGUCAAGCUGGAUCCACAGGACCAUGAAGCAUUCUUCAAACGGGCCGAGCUCUAUGAAGCAAGAGGUGAGAUGCUGCUUGCCCUAGAAGACUACAGAGAAGCAACACGCCUUAUGCCAAACAUGACCAAGGCCAUCAUGAAACGAGGACUCUACCAGUUUGAUAUGAACAAGAAUUGGAUGGCAGCCAUCAAGGAUUUCUCAGAAUUGCUGGUGCAGGAGCCUAACAAUGCGCUAGGCCACACCUACAGGGGGCGAGCCUUUGCCAAGCAGGGCAUGUACCCUGAAGCCGUGGCAGAUCUCUCUGCAGCUAUACACCUUGAUCCUAACAGCAGUGUGGCCUUCUACCACAGAGGAUGUCUGCUCAGGAAGGCUCAUCCUAAACAGGCAUUGCAGGAUCUGAGCGUGUCCAUACUCCUUGACGACGGCCAUAGCAACGGGAUGGCGUUCUUCCAUCGGGGUAUCCUCUACAUGGCCAUGGGGCGUCAUGAGGAUGCCAUCACAGACUUUGACAACGUUCUCAAGCUGGACAGGACCAUCGCAGCGGCUCAUGUCAAUCUCGGUCUCAUCUACAUGACCAAGCUGGAUAACUAUCACAAGGCCAUUCAGAAAUUCACCAAUGCAAUCAAAGUUGACCCGACCUAUGUGAGAGCAAUCGUAUGCAGAGGAGAAGCCUAUCAUAAGAUUCAUGAGUUGAAGAAUGCCCUGAAAGACUUCACCCGAGCCAUCCACCUAAGACCUGACCAGCAGCAUUACUACAUGCUUAGAGGCCAGAUACUACUCAGGAUGAAGAACUUGGAACUAGCCAGCUUCUGUGUCCUACACGCGGCUGAACUAGCCCACGGCUUGGGCUCUUCCCCGACCCAACAAGCUGCCGUUCAGAGCUUCCUGCACAACUACAGCAAGGCCAUCGAGGUCCUGUCCAGCACGGUCAAGGUCAGCCCCACAGCACCCCUCUACAUCCUGCUAGGGAAGACUGAGAUCAAGGCCAAGAAGUAUCAGCCAGCCGUCCAGAGUCUGGAGAAAGCUCUCGACUUGAUGAAACCUUGGCAGGAGAGGCAGAGUUGGCCUCUGGAAGCAGCUGAGGUCUACUACCUGAUAGGGAUGUGUCACAUGGAGAUACCAAACGUCUACAAGGCAUACGAGGCAUUCAACAGUGCAAUCAAGAUCAACCCAGAAUACCCUGAGGCCUACUACCAGAGAGGUCUGACUCGGACCAGGCUACACCAGGCCAAGGGGAUCUUGGACUUCAACCGGGCCCUGGCCCUCAACCCUAAGCUGUUCCAGGCUUACCUGAGUCGGGCUGCAUACUAUGGACAGAGGGGGCGCUAUUCCAAGGGAAUUUACAACUGUAACCAGGCGAUCCGUCUGCAGCCGAACAGUGUGAGAGCUUACCUCUACAGAGGAGCCCUGAAGUACUACAUCAGUGCCCAUGCCCUUGCCAUCAAGGAUCUGUGCCAGGCCAUAGAGCUCGAUACCACCUGUUCACUAGCCUACUUCAACAGGGCUGUCUGCUACCAUACCACCGGGGACUACCAGAAGGCUCAGAGGGACUAUGGAAUCGUACUCAUGUUGGGUGAUGAGAACUCACUCAAGGUGCUGAUCAAUAGAGGGCUGAUGUACUUUGCACAGAAGGAUUACAAAAAUGCCAGAGAUGACUUCUCUCAGGCAGUGGAGGUAAGCCCAAGAGAUCCAAAGAUCAGACAUACAUUGGGAUUGUGCUGUCACAAGUUGAAUCGGUUAGAAGAUGCAGUAGCCAUUUACAGCAGUGCCUUAGAAGCAAAUCCAUUCUUCAUUGAUGCCUACCUAGGAAGGGGUAAUGCUUUCAUGGACUACGGCCACCCUCAAACAGUCCUCCUGGCCAGGCGAGAUUACCAGCGUUCUAUCAUCCUUGAACCGGAGUGCCUGGUUGGCCGAGUGAACCUGGCUUACAACAUGCAGAUCAGUGGCUCCUACAAGAUAGCUUGGAACCUCUUCACAACUUGCCUCAAACUAAAUCCAAACUACCGCCCAGCCCUUGAGGGGCGUGCCAUCGUAUCCCUCCAGAUGAGUGACCCUUACGCCGCCCUCCUCGACAUGAACAACGCCCUCCGCAUCGGUAAGUCCGCAGAGCUCUUUGUCAACCGGGGUGUGGUCAAUCAGUUCCUGCAGGAUCACGAGAGUGCAAUGAUUGACUUCCAGGCAGCCAUCAAGAAGGAUAAGAGCUAUGCCUUGGCAUACUUCAAUGCGGCUAAUCUCUACUUCAGUAAUAGGCAGUUCAUGCAGGCGUUACAGUUCUAUGACAAGACCUUGGAACUGAAUGGAUCAGAUGAAUCGGCUCUCUUGAACAGAGCUAUCACAAAGGUGUUGACGAGAGAUAGCAAAGGAGCCCUGGAAGAUUUCUUCAAAGCUGUCAAGCUAAGUCCUCUUUCUGCUCAUCUGUACUUCAACCGAGGAAACCUGUACACUUCACUCAAACGAUAUCAACUGGCUGAGAAAGACUACAGUGAAGCUCUGAGUUUGCAACCGGAUGACCCACUAGUUCAUAAGCGAAGAGCAGAGGUCAGAGGUCGUCUGGGAAGGAGGGAGGAAGCGAUUGCAGACUACAAGAGAGCUAUUGAAAUACAGAGCAAGAAGCAUUUAUGAUGAUAUUGAAGUUACUUGAUAUAUUUAAAUUCAUGCAAAUUUCUGUCACUCUAAAUGUGUCCAGAAUUGAAUUUCUAAACAUUUGCAGAGAUCAAGACAAAGAAGCACUUCAAAUGUGUCCAAUGACUUUAUUUGAAAUCACUUUAGUCUUAUUGAAAUUUAAAGCCCAUCUGUACUAGUUUACAGGAGGGAUUAGACCACUCUGCAAGGUCACUGGCAGGUGGUUAUCUCACAAAUCAGCUCUC